AUGUCUACCUAUUCUAAUAUUCAAGUCAAAUGUAUAUGCUUCGUCUGCUCUCCUUAUGAUCAAGCUUUUGAGAUGAUGUCCAAGCAGACAUACAGAAGACAUGCUUCUGCUGAUCUCAUUGAAAAGUUUAAAAGAGUUUAUCUUUUGCCUUCUACACAAACGCUACAUGAGCUAAAUGACAAUGACAUGGAGAUUGAUGCCAAGAACAAUGAAGUCAAUGAGCAAAUUGAAUCUACAGAAGAUCUACCUGCUUUUACCGAAGAUUUGUUAUUUGAUAGUGAAAGUGACAGUGAUGAUGACAGCAUUGAGUCAGAAGCUCAGAACACUCUUGAUGCUUUGGCUGAUUUGGACGAUUCUGAAGAUAUUGAAGAAAACUUUUCUUCAUCUGAGAUGCCAACUGAUCUCAUAAACGCCUUCAUUGCCUCUUUUGCUGCCUUUUUCAUAUCAAAGUAUGUUGUGAAUUCCGUUGGUGCCAUUCUCAUUAAGUUUCUCAACAAGGUUCCUAUGCAUUUUGGACAGUCCUUCCGUCUUCCCUUGAGCUCCAGUGGCCUCAGCGUUCCUCAGUGCUGCAACUUCCAAAAGCUUUUGGAGGCUACAUGCAGAAACCAGCUUUUCUUGUCAGCACCUUUGAACUCUUCUAGACCUAAGAGAGCAUAUUUAUACAACUCUAUCACCAGUGCAUUCAGAAUCUUCUUUUGUCACCCUGGAUUUGAGGCAGCCAUUAAUGCGUGGAGAUACAGACAUCAAGUCCCUGAUAUGAUGUUUGACAUCUACAAUGGUGCCAAGUGGGCGAAUUGA